AUCAAUAUCAACAAGUUCAACAGCAUUAGCUUCAUUAACAGAUGCAAUUAUUUCACUUUAUACAUAUCCAUAUGAAUGUACAGAACAAUUAAGUUCACGAUUAUUAGGUAUACAAUCGUUAUGGGAUGUUUUACAAGCAUUUCAUUGUAAAGAUUUACCAGAUAUAUCAAUAAUGACAACUAAAUUACAAACAGAUAUGAAUACAUUGAAAGGUCGUCAAUUUUCUAAUGGUGGAUUUGGUUAUUGGACAAAUAGGAAUGAUGCUUAUGCUGAUCCAUUUGUAAGUGUAAAUACUGCACAUUGUUUGGUUGUUGUUAUAAAAAAACAGAUAUGUAAUGUUGACAUGUAUAUGUUAGAUAAUGUAUUGAACUAUCUUACAAAUAUUGAAUCCGAAAUUGAUAAAUUACCCUAUAGUAAACAUUGGUGUGAAACAACUCGAUUUAGUUUGAUCAGUUAUGCAUUAUAUGUGCGUGCGAAACAUCUUCAAAUUGUAGCUAAUGAAGCAUUAGAAUUAUUUGUACGAAGUGGAUUGAAUAAACUUAGUUUAGAAGCAUUAGGCUGGUUGUUAAUAUCAUUAUCUACAGAGAAAAAUGAUAAGACAGAUCAAUUAAUUGAAACAAUAUAUAAACAUUUGAAAGGUAAAGUAAAUGAAACAAGUGAAACAGCAAAUUUUAUAACAUCCUAUGGUGAUGAUGAUCAAUCCGUUAUGUUACAUUCAGAUCAACGAACAGAUGCUAUUCUAUUAGAAGCAUUAUUAUAUAUUGAUCCAGACUCAACUCUUUGUACGAAGUUAUGUAAAGGUUUACAAGCACAUAAAGUUAAAGGUGCAUGGAAAUCAACACAAGAAAAUUGUUUCGUAUUAAUUGCAUUAGAAAAAUAUUUUCUUAUCAAAGAAAAAGAUACACCAGAUUUUAUCGCUAAUAUUUGGUUAGAUAAUGAUUAUUGUGGUCAACAUCAAUAUAAAGAUCGAACAACAGAUACACAUACAGUAAAUAUUCCAAUGAAAGUAGUUUUGUCAUCAUCAUCAUCCAAUGCAGAAAUUGAUGAUCAGAAUAAAAAUUUAGUCAUGCAGAAAGAUGGCAGUGGUCGAUUAUAUUAUCGUAUUGCAUUA